AUGGCGAUCCCGCUCCCCGCCAUGGCGGCACCGCCGGCCGCGGCCGCCCCGCGCAUCGCCCGCCCGCAGCCGCGCUCCCGGGGCCGCCGCCGGCGGGGGCAGCGCGGGCCCGAGCCCGAGGCGCGGCAGCCGCCACCGACGGCGCAACGCUCCGCCCGCCCGCCCGCCGGGGCCGCAGGGCAGGACAGCUCCGCGCUCUGCCCGCUCCCCGCGGGGCUGGGGGCUCGCCCCGAGAGCAGCCCCCGAACUUCGCGGAGCGGCACCGACCCGAAGUUGGAGGCGGGACCGGGCGCCCGGCCCGCGAUCCGCUCCCCCGGGCGGGACCCACCGCCGCCCCGCCGCUCCCGGGGAGGGUCCGGCCGCCCCGGCCCCGCCACCGAGCUGCGGGCUCCGCCGGCGACCCCCCGAGGGGCAGCGGCUCCUGCCCAGGGGCAGCCCCGGUGCCUCCGCCCCACCCGCCGCCUCCCGCGGGGUCUCCCCCUACCUGUAAGGGAUCCAGUCCGCCUGGUGCCGCGAACUCAUCUCUCCCCGGCGACGCUGCCCGGAGCCGAGGAGGCGGACGCGGCCGCUGCUGCCCGAGUCGGAACCCGCCACGGCGCGGGCAGCAUCCUCCGUCCGGGGCGGGGGCGGGCGGCGCGCCGGUUAUCCCGGCAGCGGCCGCAGAAACAUCCCCCCGGGGAGGGCUCCCAGCGGCGGGCCGGGCUGCAUGGGGAGGGGGCGGCCGGGGGCAGCGGGAGGCGGCUCCCAGCCCUUCCUCCCUGCCCGGAGCGGCGGCUGAGUCGCGCACCGGAGCGGGGAGGGGCGGGGGAAGGGCCAGCGGCGGGCAGGGAAAGGCAGGGCAGCAGCGCCGCGUCCCCGCUGCCGCUACCCGCCCGCCCCCCCGCUGCCGCCGCCGCGCUCAUGCAUCGCCCGGGCGAGGCGGCCGCGGAUGCUCCCGCUCCACACCGGGCGCUCGGGGUAGAGCGCGGCAGCGGGGCUGGGGGCGCAGGGGGCUCCGCGCACCCGGGGCCGUCUCCGCUGACGCACGGGGCUCCCGGGCCGCCGCCGCGCCGCGGCUCCCGUAGCUUAUGGCAACGGCGGAGCCAAUGCAGCGGCGGGGCCGGGCGCUGCCAUGGCGAUCCCGCUCCCCGCCAUGGCGGCACCGCCGGCCGCGGCCGGCCCCGCGCAUCGCCCGCCGCAGCCGCGCUCCCGGGGCCGCCGCCGGCGGGGGCAGCGCGGCCCCGAGCCCGAGGCGCGCAGCCGCCACCGACGGCGCAACGCUCCGCCCGCCCGCCCGCCGGGGCCGCAGGGCAGGACAGCUCCGCGCUCUGCCCGCUCCCCGCGGGGCUGGGGGCUCGCCCCGAGAGCAGCCCCCGAACUUCGCGGAGCGGCACCGACCCGAAGUUGGAGCGGGACCGGGCGCCCGGCCCGCGAUCCGCUCCCCCCCGGGCGGGACCCACCGCCGCCCCGCCGCUCCCGGGGAGGGUCCGGCCGCCCCGGCCCCGCCACCGAGCUGCGGGCUCCGCCGGCGACCCCCCGAGGGGCAGCGGCUCCUGCCCAGGGGCAGCCCCGGUGCCUCCGCCCCCACCCGCCGCCUCCCGCGGGUCUCCCCCUACCUGUAAGGGAUCCAGUCCGCCUGGUGCCGCGAACUCAUCUCUCCCCGGCGACGCUGCCCGGAGCCGAGGAGGCGGACGCGGCCGCUGCUGCCCGAGUCGGAACCCGCCACGGCGCGGGCAGCAUCCUCCGUCCGGGGCGGGGGGCGGGCGGCGCGCCGGUUAUCCCGGCAGCGGCCGCAGAAAACAUCCCCCCGGGGAGGGGCUCCCAGCGGCGGGCCGGGCUGCAUGGGGAGGGGGCGGCCGGGGGCAGCGGGAGGGCGGCUCCCAGCCCUUCCUCCCUGCCCGGAGCGGCGGCUGA